AUCUUCUCCCAUUAUGCUCAGUCUUAUCUCUGUCAUGCAUAUAUAAAGGUUCUUGGAACAGUUUCUUGCAAAGUGACUGAGGAAUUAAGAUGGGCACCUGAAACCUGGUAUUUGUGUUCCCUCCCAGCGGAGACUGAACCUCACGAAGGGAAGAGGAAAGUGGAAUCCCUUUGGCCUAUCUUCAGGAUCCAUCACCAGAAAACACGUUACAUCUUUGACCUCUUCUAUAAAAGAAAAGCUAUCAGCAGAGAGCUCUAUGAGUACUGCAUCAAGGAAGGAUACGCUGACAAAAACCUGAUUGCAAAGUGGAAGAAACAGGGUUAUGAGAACCUCUGCUGCCUCCGGUGUAUCCAGACACGGGACACCAACUUUGGAACCAACUGCAUCUGCAGGGUCCCCAAAAGCAAGCUGGAAGUGGGGAGAAUCAUUGAAUGCACUCACUGUGGAUGCAGAGGCUGUUCUGGGUGACACCUUUAGCCCUAAAACUACUUUUUGAACUCUUGAGGGAUGUCAUCCUACGCAGUGGACUAUUAGAGCAGGUACCAGCCACCUUCUGUUUGAUUGCUUAUUUCUCUAUAGCAAUAACCAGCAACGUACUCACCUGGAUCAUUCUACAGCGGUGGUGCUUUUGGAAUGUGGUUUUGUGUAGCCAUGUAUUUUAAAAUAAAGUCUGCCCCCCUU